AUGGGUCUCACUUUAUCACCCAUAUUAAAAUGUGGACUAUACGCAUUCUUCACAAUAAUAAAUAUCCCGAUACUGCAAGGAGAAGAACAAUCGCAGUGUCCAAGUCUCUCAGAUAAUCCAAUUUGUCCCUGUUAUAAUUUCAAAGAAGGAUUAUUUCUCGAAUGUCCCAGUGCAACCCCAAGUGUCGUCAAAAAUGUAUUAUCCAAGAUAAAAGGAUCCAUUCAGUCUUUAUCAAUUUAUGACCUGGAAAGCUUAAUAACCGAGUUAAAGCCCGAUCUUUUUCCUCCACAAGUGAAAAUAAUCAAUUUACAAAUUUCUCAAUCGAACAUUGAUACGAUAAAUGCAAACGCUUUUUUAUCUCUUCGUGACUCCUUGGGGUCUUUAAGCAUAAUUUCCGGUAAAUUGAAAAGGAUACCUCAAGAAUCUUUUUCUCAAUUACAUAAUAUUGAAACACUUGACUUACAACUGAACGAGAUCAAAGAAAUUCAAGAGAACACUUUUCAACAUCUCAAACUGAAUAAAAUCAAUUUGAAGGGUAAUAAAAUAGAAAAUAUUUCAGAAAAUGCAUUUCAUUACUUAGAGGAAACUUUGACUGAGUUGGAUAUUACUGGGAAUUUUCUUUACAUUUUUCCUUUGAGACCAUUGGAAAAUCUAACUAAACUUAGUAGUUUGCGGCUAGCAUGGAACAAAAUAGAAUCAAUGCCAAAUAGUUCAAAUGUAAUCAUAGAAAAAUUAAUAUCCUUAGAUUUAAGCUCAAAUUCUCUUACGAGAAUUGAAAGGAAUUGGUUAAACUGUGUUCCACGUGUCAAAACACUUACAUUUUUUAGCAAUCAAAUUAAACAUAUUGAUGAGCAAGCUUUUUAUUCUUUAACUAAUUUAGAAACUAUAGACUUAAGUCGAAAUAAAUUAAUAAGUAUUUCUAAAAACAUUUUUCAAAGAAAUCGUAAUAUCCGUACAAUAGAUUUAAGUCAUAAUCAUCUUCAUUAUAUAGCUGGAGUUUUUUCUGGUUUAAGUAAACUUGCCGAAAUAUUUUUAUCGGAAAAUAAUAUCUUAGAAAUACCAGAGGAUGCAUUUCAGAACGCUUUAUCAUUAGCAGUUUUAAACCUAGAGCAUAACGCAAUACGGUUUUUACAUCCUUCUUGCUUUAGUUCAUUACAUAAUUUGACACAACUACAUGUGGGAACAAAUUUUUUAAAAAAGCUUCCAAAUCAAGUUUUUGCAGCAAAUGCUAAAUUAGUUACGCUAAGUCUUGAUAAUAAUGGAAUUAGUGAAAUAAGUGAGUCUGUAUUUGAGAAAUUAGAAGAAUUAAGAGAAUUAAGGCUACAAAAUAAUAAAAUAAGGCACAUUAAAAGAAAUGUCUUCAGCCCACUGCCUGAAUUAUUAGAAUUACAUUUGCAAAACAAUAUUAUACAGAGCAUAGAUUCGCAUGCAUUCAUUACAUUGAAAAAACUGCAACAUAUUAACUUGCAAGGUAAUCAGCUUAACAUGAUUGGUGAUGUAUUCCCUAAUAGAAAUUCUUCAUUAGUCUCUAUUCAACUCAGUACAAAUCAACUAUCUCUAUUGAAAAAUAGUUCUCUACGCGGUCAGGUUAACGUACAAAUAAUGUGGCUCACAGAAAAUAACUUAAAAGUACUCACUUCCAAUCUUUUUAAUGAAUUAUUUAAUAUCCAAAGGCUGUAUGUUAAGAAUAAUAGUAUUGUACAUAUUGACAAUAAGAGUUUUAUGCAUUUAAAGAAAAUUAAGUAUUUAGACUUAAGUAGCAAUAGGCUUACAACUCUGAACAAUGAAACGUUUUUUGAUAUUGUAACGUUGGAAGAACUGUAUCUGCAAAAUAAUCAUAUAAACCACAUAGACAAGGAAACGUUCAACGGCUUGGUAAGGCUAAAAAUUUUAGACUUAUCUCAUAAUGGGAUCGUAAGUUUAGACUUCGAUAUGUCUACGUUACCAGUUAAACAAAUUCGGCUUAAUUUUAAUGCUAUAACGAUUAUCCAAACAGAAUCACUAAAAACUCUUCCAAAUUUAAAUGAUUUAGAUAUGAAUAAUAAUUUCUUAACGUGGGAAGAUGUCACUCAAAUUCAAAUACCUGGACUAAAGACAUUAGUAUUAUCAAACAAUAAUUUUACACUGCUCGAAUUAAAAACAUUUUCUCAUUUACCAUCUCUUCAGUCCUUGUCUCUUGAAAUGUCAAAUAUAACAUACCUACCCCCAUCUAUAUUUAUUAAAAACCAAAAUUUACUUCGAGUUAAUUUAGCUAAUAACUAUUUAAAAGAUAUUCAUAAAGACAUUUUUGCUUACACAACUAUUUUACAAGAAUUAAAUUUGAAAGGAAAUAGCUUCACCGACUUCCCUCACGUCGCGUUAUUUAACGUGACCUCAUUAGAGAAUUUAAAUCUAUGCGAGAAUCAACUACACAGUAUAGAUUUUUUUAAAUUCACUGGCUUACAAAAUUUAAGGACGCUUAACCUAUGUAAUAAUCGUAUAUCGGUUUUAAAUGGUUUUAAUUCACCAUCUUUGAAAAAUUUAGUUACAUUAAAUUUGAACAAUAACCUACUUACAGUUCUUCCACCGAAUUUUUUCCAACAUUCUUUAGGACUAAAAGAAAUUGAUUUGUCACAUAAUUUUUUCAAGCACAUUCCUAGUAAUGGCCUUUCUGAAACCGUACUCCCAGCAUUAACGACAUUAAAUAUGUCUUCGAACUCAUUGGUGCAAUUGUUACAAUCAUAUCCAAUCAAACAAUUUCCAUUAUUAGAGGAACUUAUAAUCACGAACACCAAUUUAACAAUUAUAACAAGCAAGGACUUUGAAAACUUUCCAUCCUUGAAAAAGUUGAUACUGAAAACGAAUUGUCUAAUUCGAUUAUCACCGGGAGCGUUUUCCAAACUGCACAACUUGAUAAUACUGGAUAUGAGUGAAAAUAAACUAGAAAACAUUCCGAGAGAAAGGUUACAAGGACUAUUUUCUGCGACCUUAUUAAAUAUGUCACAAAACACUAUAAGGGAACUCGAAGAAUUCACUGCUGAUCUGCAAAGCUUACAAAAAUUGGACUUGUCUUUCAAUCACAUUACAAGAAUAAACAAAGGAAUAUUUCACAAUCUCCAGAGUCUGACUGAAUUGAAUUUAAGUGGAAAUUGGCUUUCAUUCAUAGCAAGUGAUACUUUCAAAGUAUUAAAUAAAAUCGUCAAUAUAGACUUUAGUAAAAACUACUUUGAAAUCAUUCCAAUAAGAAUCCUUGUCUCAUUGGAAACUCAAAUAAAAUCAAUAUCUUUCGAUGAAAAUCCAUUAACAUGUAACUGUGAAUCUCAAGAGACAUGGAAAUGGAUGCAAAACCAUUAUAAAAUAGUGCUAAAAGGUAGCAGCAACUUGAGAUGUGAACAUCCGGAAGAACUUCACGGAUACAGUUUUUUGGAGUUGACAUCGCAAAAGCUAUGCGACGUGCCGGUCGUAAUUCGUAUUGCAAUUCAAGACAUUCAAACCUAUUCUGUAAUAGUGUCUUGGCAGAGCCGCAAUCAGAGCGGCUUAAGUGGAUACCAAGUAGCUUACUACAAGGAACAGAUGCCAGCAGUAAUUCGUGGUAAAAUAGUGAACGCUACAGCGAGGAUGACAAGAUUAAACCAUUUGACUCCUGGAGCUAAGUAUACGAUUUGCGUUAUAGCGACGGGAAACUUUGGCGUGUCAGCGGGAUCGUCCGUGCCCGACGCACGAAUUGCUCUGUCAUCGGAAAACAUGAGUGUUCAAUUGUAUGGCGACGAGCUUCUCUUUAAUCACCUGAGGGGCUAUAUGAAUGACACUCAAACCAGUAAAUGUACAACGGUGACAACAAUAGAGAUCUUUGGCACGUCCUUAGAUGGCCCAUUCUCAAACACUUAUAUGGGAAUCGCUGACAUAUUAACGAGGCGCCUUAGCCUUGUUGUAGGCUGUUGUAUUGGGUUUAUAGUGUUCAUUGUCUUGGUGUCAGCAUUAGGUUAUAUGAAGACUAAAAAACGGCCGGUCAUUGCCAAAGCUGAGGUGCAGCGAACACCGCAAUACAUUUCCUAUGACAAUUUUCCUGUACCUAAUAUUGAGCAAACAAUGGACAUGGAUAUAAACACUAUCACAGACUCAACAAAACCUCCGUUUAAACCAUGUGAUUGA